CCAAUGGUUGCGCGCGUUCCAUCAGCACACCUGUGUCCCGGGGUGGGGCGCCAUUUUCGCACGGAGGGCAGCAGCCGACACAGACAUGGAGAAACAGAUCGCACGACAAUUCCGGCAAAAGGUCCAGGCCCAGCUGGAGGAUGAGUCAGAGAGGGACACACUGUACACAUCACUCAGACAAUAUCAUGAAUCCAUGUCCCUGCCCGAACUCAUCACAGACCUCAGGAAAGUCGUCAACUCCCCAGACAGGAUGGAACUGUUCGAGGACGUCAGACCGUUAAUACCUCUGAAACAUCAAGUGGAAUACGACAAAAUAGUACCCAACAGACUAGCAAGAAAAGCACGAAUUGUAAAACUGGUGAAGAACGGACCAGACAGCCUGGGGUUUUCACUAAGAGGAGGAGUUGAGCACGGAGUAGGCAUCUAUGUAGCACAUGUUGUACCCAGUUCUCCAGCGGAGAUAUCCGGACUCAGGGUUGGAGAUGAGGUCCUGAGAAUAAACGGUUACACGGUGGACCAGUCGACGCAUGAGGAGAUCGUGUUACUGACACAGAGCACCAGUUACAUAGAGAUGAAAAUUAGACAUAUUGGAAUGCUGCCUAUAAAAAGAACGAGAACAGACCAGCUGAGAUGGGAGUAUGUAGACCCUGUGCCAGGCUCCCCCGAGGCACCUAAUGGUACAGCCUUACUGGUGAGUAACCUUCUACAAUUACCUCUGUCCUAACCAGGG